AUGAUAGCCAAGGACACGCUCAAUCUGUUGAGUUUGCAUUUUCUAAUUUCAAAAUCUUUCUUCGAUAUAUUUGACUUCACCAUGAAUCGUGCAGUCUCUGAGAUAGAUGACAAUGAUGGGGAAGAUGGAUUACAAGAACAAGAACUGGCAAAGCUGUCCCGCCAGUACCGCAUCAUGGAAGGUGACAGAAGAGCAUACACAGAAGAAGCACAGAACCUCAUGAGAAAACAAAGGGCUGAAAUUCGAACUCUCGAGGCUGAGAACCGUGAGAUCCAAACUAACCUGAUGAAUACGGACAGUCCUCAGAUGAAGAUUAAGGAUAAAGAAAACACUAAGAAGUUGCGCUCACUAGUAGAAGCAAAUGAUGAAUAUAUGAAACAAAUAGAGGAAGAAAAUAAGAAAAUUGCAGACUACGAUGCUCAGAUUAGAAAGAUGGAAUGUCAGAUUAACAAGUCCAGGAAAAGUAUUGGUGGAAUUAUGGGCAGCGAACACAGACAUGUGUCAAAGAAAAAGCAAAUAGCUGUACUUGAAAAUAGACUGGAUAAGGCCAUGGUGAAUUUCAACCGCCAGUUAUCAACCAACACAGGACUCCGCCAUGAGAUUGACAAAUUACGCCAGGCACGUCAUGUAUUCAACAAUCUCCACCAGAAGCUGCAGCGUGAACUGACGGAAACAAAACAAGAGGUUGCUGAUGUUAUUCAACAAUCUACACAGGCAUAUGAGCAGAGAGAUGAGGCCCAAAACAAGAUGGCUGCCAUACGGGAGCGAAGUGUUAAAGAGCGAGCGCAGCAUGAAGCUGAGAUGAAAGACUUGGAAAGAAUGAUCAGUCAUGAUAACAAGCUGAAGGAAUUCAUGCUAAUUAAAAUGAAUGAUAGGAUAUUUUAUAAAAAUGAAGAAGCAAUGAAAAAGAAAAGAGGAGAUGGUGAGAAGUCUGCAGAUGCUGACAAACUAUUAAUAACAACAUAUGAACAAGCCUUUGAGAGAAUACGUGAGAUCACAAACAAUGAAGACAUUGACCUAAUAGUUGAGGACUUCAUCAAAACUGAGGAUCAAAAUUUUGCCCUCUUCAAUUAUGUCAAUGAGUUAAAUAGUGAGGUUGAAUGUAUGCAAGAGCAGACAACGAGCCUAAAGACUGACAUAGACUUGUACAAGGCACAAGACAAUGACGUUGUAUCUGCCAAAUCUACAAUGCUCAGGAAACUUGAGGUUAAACUCAGCCAGGCAAAGGACGAAUCUGACACAUCUACGAGACAAUUGACAGCUAUCAACAAAAUCAUGCAAGAACUGAAAGAUGGCAUUAAUAUCAUGUUUCGCAGAAUUGGAUGUAAUCCAAAACCUAUUGAUGAUAUGCUAGGUAGUUCAUCGGGUGUACAAGAUACAAACUGUAUGCUGUAUUUAGGGCUUAUAGAACAGAGGGUCAAUGAGCUCUUAGCAGCUCAGGAGUUCAUGAAAAUGAAGGAGCAUGAAGAGCCCUCAUCUCUGGCUGCACCAACUGAGACCCAGACAGAAGCAAGUAAACCUUCAACACAACCUCAAAUAAACCCUCCAACCACUGGAGAUGACCUUGAAAGUUUAGCAGAAUCAGAAGAGGAAGAUGAUGAUGACACUCGACCUUUGACCCACAAAGAACUUCGGCAACGCGUUAUGAAGAACCUCAGUAAGAAGGAAUUACGAGCGCUAAACGUGAUGUCACCACAAAUGGGGGCACAAUCAAACAAAGAUUCGAAAAAGAAGAAAAAAUAAACAGAUUGAGUGUGAAUCUAGUCAUCUGCAUUUUAGACAGACAUAACAAACAUUUAAAAAUUUCAACUCAUGGAACACACAUUUUUGGCAUGAAUUAGGCCCAAUUUCGGAACAUAAAAAGAUUUAUUAGUCUUAAUAUAGACCACAGUGUUCUCUCCAAUAUUUCAUUCAACUGGCUUACAAACUGUCUUCUAGUUCUGAAUAAGAAAUUGUGUUAUUCCAGUUGGUCUAAUGUUGUGGAGAACACUAUAGGUCCACAACAUUAGACCCAAGAUUAACCCUUGAAUGACUAGGGGGGGGGGGGGCAUAUGUCUACACAAGGCUCUGUCACUACUUUUUAACCCCCACUGAAUUCAGAACACAAAAUUGCAAAUCUACAAUUAUUUUGUUGAUAUUAAAUUGAUAUUUGGUGCUAAUUAGAGUUUAUGAUAUAAAUUACAUG